AUGCUUAUCAAAGAAUAUCGUGUAACGCUUCCUUUAACAGUAGAAGAGUAUCAAGUUGCGCAGUUGUAUUGUGUGGCUGAGGUCUCCAAAAAUGAAACGGGCGGUGGCGAAGGUAUUGAGGUCAUCAAGAAUGAGCCGUUCAAAGACUAUCCCUUGCUAGGUGGUAAAUACUCCUCCGGUCAGUACACGUACAAGAUCUACCACCUCGCGUCGAAGGUGCCCGCCUUCAUCAGACUGCUGGCGCCGAAAGGUUCUUUGGAGGUUCACGAAGAAGCUUGGAACGCCUACCCAUACUGUCGGACCGUACUCACGAACCCUGGCUACAUGAAAGAAAACUUCGUCAUCUGCAUAGAAUCCUUGCACUUGCCAGAUGCGGGCGACCAGCAAAAUGUUCACGAAUUGCCUCCCGAGAAGCUAAAGAACCGCGAAGUGGUAAACAUCGACAUCGCGAACGACCCUCUACCGGCCGCCGACUACAAGCCGGAGACGGAUCCGACCAAGUUCAAGUCGAGUAAGACAGGCCGCGGGCCGCUCGUCGGGCCCGGUUGGAAGAAUGACGUCAAGCCCGUCAUGACCUGCUACAAGCUCGUCACUGCAGAGUUCAAGUGGUUCGGCUUACAGAGCAAAGUUGAAAAUGUGAUUCAGAAAUCGGAGCGACGACUAUUUACCAUAUUCCAUAGGCAAGUGUUCUGCUCCAUGGACGACUGGUACGGCAUGACGAUGGCGGAUAUCCGAGCGAUCGAGGACCGCACCAAGGAGGAGCUCGAGAAGCUUCGGCGCGAGGGCGAAGUGCGCGGCAUGCGCGCCGACAACGAGUAG